AUGAGUCAAGAGUAUAGUGAUUAUGGGAUAUCUAUCCCUAUUUAUGCUAUGCGAAUUCGUAUCUUACUGGUUAAUCCAAAUAUGGCUUCACUUAUGCACACAACAUCAAUUCUUGAAGAAGCAACAUACAAAGUUACAAGUGCUGAAUUCCCAAGUGUAGCACUUAAAAUGAUGCAAGAACGAGCAAAUAAGUUCGACUUAGUCAUUGCUGCAAUGGACAUGCUAGAAAUGGACGGCUUUACAUUCCUUAAAAUUGCGAAAAUGGUUUCAGACCACCCUGUUGUCUGUGAUGACCAGCUGACCACCUAUAAAAAGCAUGAUCCAUUGGCUUUCGAAGCUAUUGAACGAGGAGCUUGCGAGCUUUGCACUAAACCUAUAAAGCGGGAGGAUGCUCAGUAUUUCUGGCAAUAUGUGUUCAGAAAAGAUAGAAACAAGACUCAUACUGAUAUCAGAAAACAGGAAAAGAUUGUAGUUGGAGCUAGCAGGCAUACAGAGAACAACCAGAACAACCAGAAGAGAAAAAGAGUGCAGUAUGGUAAUGAGAAAACAUUGAACAGCGAUACAGAAACCUCGACAGGUAGAAUACAGUACAAGAAAAUUAUCAGGUGGAAUACUGGGAUUCAUGCUAAGUUUAUGAAAGCACUUAUGAAGAGCAAUGAAGAAGCGAUUAUUCCAGCACAACCAGGGCCUGAAAUUGCGUAUUUAGCUGCUUUAGCUCAGAAAAACAAAGAACGUGGUGAUCAUCGUUCUACCAAUAUGGCAGCAACUCCAACAAGUGCUUCUGAUACAAUACAAGCUCAGGGUCUUUCGAAUUCUACCAAUUUAGCAACUCCAACAAGCGCUUCUGAUAAAAUACAAGUUCAAGGACUUUCAAAUUCUACCAAUUUAGCAACUCCAACAAGUGCUUCUGACACAAUACAAGCUCUCCCAGAUGCAAGUUAUGCUAUAACCAAUGCUCAAAGGUCAGGAGCUACUCCAAGGCAACAACCAAAAAAUGUACUCAGCAAUGCUGCUGCUAUAAGACAGGGCUAUCGUUUUCUUCAAAAUCAUGAUAAUGUCAGCCAGAUUGGAAUACUGAAUGGAACAAGCUCUAUGAACAAAACUUCACAUUUAUUCAACACCAGUAACCAAUUGGCAGUUAAUGAGACCACUGGCAAUCAAUCGCUUCUUAGAGGAAGGAUUGAUCAAAAUCGACAAGCAUAUUUGACUAAUACUGGCACAGAGAAUACAAGUUCCAUACCAAACUUACAGACUGAAACAGUUGCGCUUUCACCAUCAAGCUACAAUAGAAAUGCCUUUCAGUCUGAAAAAUUUAGCAAUGGAGCUUUCACAAGUACAGGCGAGUUGAAUCCUAGCAACUUACACAACUUACAGGUUGAAACAACAGGAUUACUUCAGACUCCAGAUGUUCUCAAUUUUAACUGUAAUAACAACAGCCUUUUGCCUUCUUAUGGUUUAGAAAACCAGGCUAUACAACCUACAAAUGAUUUAGUUGGGAAUAUCCUACAGAUAAACAAUGAUCCAAGCAGUGAUUUCACGAGCUUGGGCUUCAACACUGGCAAUGAUGCGUGA